UUCAACUCAAAAUACUACUUUAAACUGUCAAAAUGUUGUGCAGAAGUAUAUGGCGGACUCGUCAUUUUCAUACAAGUUCUUUCCAAAAGUCGUCAACUGCUGAAAACGUUGAAUUACCUGUUGAGAAAACAAUUAAAAAGCCUCAAAAACGGCCGUCCAGACCGGCUACAGUAUAUCCAGAACUAAUUAAUCAUUUGAAGGAAAACAAUUAUUUGAAUUUUAUACCUACGAAAUUUUUAGGAAAAAGAAAAAGUUUAUCACUACACUUGAUAAAUCGUGACACCGCGAAACAGUUUUGUUCCAUGAUUGAACAAGAUUUAUUGCAAAACACGUCUCAUGUGAUUGAAAACAAUUCAGGCUUAGGGAUUUUGACGGAAGAGUUGUUGAAAAUUGGCGUACCCAAGAUCAAUAUGUUUGAAAAGAAUCGUUCAUUUCUCACGCCAAACAGUCCCUUGCAAAGUUUAUUAAAAGAUCACAAAUCCAGAUUGAGUUUGAAGGAGUUGAAUUUUACUGAUAUAUGGGCAAUGGCCAUUAGGGAUAAUUUUAUGAAUGAAAACCUGACAGGCCAUUACUUAACUGAUGUUCCACAUAAUGAUUGGAAAAGCAAAACUAAUGCCCAAAUAAUAUUGUUUGCAUCCGACAGAACAUCAAUUGUGAUGCUUAUUUAUAACUUAGUUCAUGAAACGAGUUUAUUUUGUCAUGGCAGGCCAGUUUUUUACUUUGCUGUGAGCUCUGAAACUUGGGAUAGAUUGAAUGUACUCAACGAUUCUGUCAAACUAAAACGUUUUUAUACACAGUUUAAUGUAUUUCUUAAGCUUUUUUUUGACAGUCAAAUAUUAGGUGAGGUGCCCAGAACGUCUUUUAUACCAUGGCCAGUCUCUAGAGUAGCAAAUAAAGAUAUGUUGAGUAUGCCUAUGAAAGUUGUUAAAGUGGAACCUAAAAAGAAUGCCUUCCAAUCCUUUGAAAGAGAAAAUCUAAGAGCUUUUUGGUUUUUCCUUAAACACUGUUUGAGAUCAUCAAAAAUCAAAGUGAUUCAAGAGAUAGAAUCAUUUGCUCCAGGAUGCGGAGCCAAAUUCAUUGAAAAAAAUAUUGACAUCACGACUACUUUUAAAGAGUUACCACCUCAAAAGUUAUUGGAAAUAUUCCAAAUAUAUAAAUCGUGUCCAGAGUAUGAUGAAAAUUCAUUUUUACCAAAUCCACGAAUCAGUGAAGAUACUAAGAGUACAGAAGAUGAAAAACUCGAAGGAGAAGUGAAACAGAGUGAAGAAUUCUCAUCUGAGCCAAAGAUUGAACAAGAAAAAGACCUUGAAAAUAAACCUACGUUGCAACUGAAAAAUGAAGAAGAUAAAAUACUUGAAACAUUUAAUGAGGACAUCAAGGAUGUGAAAAGUUAUCCCCUCGAAAUGGGGGAGAAACACAUUUUCGAACCUGUACCCAAACCAAAGCAUAUAGAAAAUGGGAAACUUGAGUGGGAAGAAAAACACAAUUUGAAUCCUUUGCCCGAGUUAAAGCAUGAAGUAAAUGAAAAAAAGAUUCAGGAACCCACAUUAGAGCCGCUAAAUGAAAGAGAUUAUGGGGUUGCAGUGGAGAAAAAAAAGAGUCCUGAAAUCAUGUCUGUGCCAAAGAAUAAAGAAGAUGAAAAAUUUGAAAAGGAAGAAAAACAGUGUGAGAAUCCUGCGAGUAAUCCAAAAAACGAAAAAAAUCUUGAGGAAAAAGAAAAAACAAUUCUGAAACCCAUAACCGAAUUGAUAAACAAAAAAGAGGAAAAGAGAAAGCAAAGUCAAGUGUCCUUGCUGAAGAAAAUUUCACGGCUCGUUAAUGUUCAACUUACAAUUAUGAUCCAAAAACUCAAGAGUUUCUUCAUCACGAGCCUAAAAUGUUAA